AUGGAUUUCCAGGAGCUGGAGGCGGCGGAGGGGCUGCGCUUCUCGUGGAACGUGUGGCCGUCGUCGCGCCUCGAGGCGACGCGCUGCGUCGUGCCCUUCGGCGCGGUCUUCACGCCGCUCGCGGAAAUCCCGGAUCUGCAGGUCGUUCCGCAUCCGCCGCUGCUCUGCAAGGCGUGCGGCGCCGCGCUCAACCCGUACUGCGCGCUGCACUGCGGCACGCGCUCGUGGGCGUGCGCGCUGUGUCAGCAGGUGUGGGAGGGGGGGUGGGAAGGGGGGAAGUUGGCGGAUGGUGUAAUGCGCCAAGAACGUGUUUCCGCCCAACUACAGGGACGUGAGCGAGACCAAUCUGCCCAUGGAGCUCCUGCCCCUUCCCCAACACUCGUCCCCCCUCCCGUCUUCCCUCUGCUCUCCUGCUUUCUCCCUCCUGUCACACAGAGGAACGUGUUCCCACCCAACUACAGGGACGUGAGCGAGAUCAAUCUGCCCAUGGAGCUCUCCCCCAGCCUCAGCACCAUCGAGUUCCUCCUGUCGCACGCCGCCGCACCGCAGCCCGCAUUUCUCUUUGUGUUGGACACGUGUGUACCACCUGACGAGCUACACCACGCCAAAGCCGCCCUGCUGCAGCUGCUGCCACUGUUACCAGUCACCUGCCCCGUGGGGCUCAUCACAGUGGGCGCACAGGUCUCCGUGCACGAACUCUCCCACUCCCUCCCUCACUCACUCCCUCACUCGCUCCCUCACUCGCGCCCUCGCUCUCAAGCCGGCCCGCUGUCGUCGCGUGUGGUGCUGCUACCGGGGGACAAGGACCUUUCACCCAGCAAGAUAAAGCACCUCCUGGGUCUGGGGCUGGGGCUGCCUCAUCCUCACCCACCCUCUGCACCAUCCAAGACCGCACCCAGCAGCAGCCACGCCCCUGCAAUGCACACCACCACCCCUGCCAAAAGGCCUUUUACUGGCAAGCCGUCCUCUCCCAAGGGCCCUCUGUCCCCUAGAUCAUCUUCCUCCUCCCAUUCCUCGUCUACCCACGUGUCACCACCAUCAUUGUCCACGUCUGCAGAGGCUGUGUCCUCGUCACCGCCCCCUCCGUCGCUGGUGCUGGGCGGCAGAGGGGCGGCGGAUGGGCGGUACCUGGUGCCUCUGGUGGAGGGGGAGGGCGUGCUGAGGGGCGUGAUAGCGGCGCUACAGCCGGACUCACAGCCAGUGGUGCCAGGGGUCAGGCCGCGCCGAGCCAUAGGCGCAGCUUUGGCAGCCGCUGUGGCUGUGAUGGAGGCUCGGGGCGAGCAAGGGGGGGCAGAGGAAGGAGGGAGAACGGAGGAUGGGACAGGGCGGGCAGCAUGGGAGAAGAGGGGAGCAGCAGAGGAGUUGGGAGUGGGGGCAGCAGAGUCAGGAAAGGGGACGAGGAGGGAAGGGGAGGGGACAGGGAGGGGUGGGGAGGGAGCGAGGAAGGGAGGGGAGAGGGCGGGAGGGGGAGGGGAGAGGGCAUUGCGAUCCGGAGGGCGAGUGGUGGUGCUGCUGGGAGGGCCGGGCACAGUGGGGCCAGGCAUGGUGGUGGGUACAGACAUGGCAGACUGCCUCCGCACACACUCGGAUAUUCUCCUCGACAACACCGCUUACUAUCAGUCAGUAUUCCUCUGCUCUGGGGCUGACACAUUGGGGCUGGGCACGGUGGGCUUGGGCUCUGUCCGUGCCACACGCUUCUUCUCUCAAUUCGUCGAGCGAUCAGCAGAGGUAUCAGCAGCCAUAGACGUGUUUUCAUGUGCGUUGGGUGAGCGAGCAGCAGAGGUAUCAGCGGCCAUAGACGUGUUUGCAUGUGCGGCGGACCAAGUGGGGGUGGCGGAGAUGAGGGGCGCCAUCGAGGCGACAAGUGGCACGCUCGUAUUGGCCGACUCGUUUGAGUCAGACAUCUUUGCCAAGUCCCUGUGCAAGCUGUUUCAACGGUCGCAUGAGGGCCCUCUGCUAGCCGCCACAGACGGGGUAGUGGAGGUGAAGCUGCCCAAGGAGAUCAAGGUGAUGGGGGCGGUGGGGGCGUGUGGCAACCUGUGGAGCAAGGCGGAGAGCGUGAGCGAGCACGAGGUGGGGCAGGGCGGCACGGCUGCCUGGCGCCUCUGUUCCCUCUCCCCCCGCUCCUCCUCCCUCGCCCUCUUCUUUGAGAUUGCACCGCCGCACAGAGCGCACCAGAUCCCGCCGGGCUCCUUUGCACUGUUCCAGUUCCUCACCACGUAUCGCCACGGGGAUGGCAGCAGGAGGGUGCGCGUGGCCACAGCAGCCAGGCGCUGGGUGCACAUGGGGGGGGAGGGGGGCGCUGGCGCGGAUUCACAGGCUGUUGGGGUGGGGGUGGCGGAAGGGGAUGGGGACUUGGUGGUGGGAGGGGUGCCGGGGGGGAGGGUAGCUGCAGCACUGGCGGAAGUGGUGAUGGGGUUCGAUCAGGAGGCUGCUGCUGCACUCGUGGCCAAGCUAGCUGCCUUCAAGGCAGAGUCAGAGGACAUGAGUGAUGUGCUGCGCUGGCUGGACCGCAUGCUAAUCCGUUUUGGAGCCAAGUUCGGGCAGUACAGCCGGGGCGACCCCUCCUCCUUCCACCUCGCCUCCGCCUUCUCCCUCUUCCCCCAGUUCAUGUUCCACCUCCGCCGCUCCAGCUUCCUCCAGGUGUUCAACCACAGCCCCGAUGAGACGGCAUUCUUCCGCCUCAUGCUCACCAGAGAAGCCGUUGCCAACUCCCUCCUAAUGGUUCAGGUACCCUACCGCUCAUACCCUUCCUUUCCGCCCGUUCACUUCUCGCGAGCCAGGGCCACUGUUUCUCCUACCAUUCAACUCCUCCUUGACCUGUCCUUGCCUUCGCUUCCCGUCCUUCUCCUGCAGCCCGCUCUGAUCGCCUACACCUUUGAGUCACCACCACAUGCUGUGCUGCUGGACGUGUCAUCACUGCAGCCCGACUGUGUGCUGCUGUACGACGGCUUCUUCCACAUUGUCGUGUUGCACGGCUCCACCAUCGUGCACUGGAAGCACCAGGGUUUCCACCUCGACCCUGCACACGCAGCCUUCAGGUAUUCUUCCACCUCUUGA